GGAGAAGCACCCCAACCCACCAAUGGGCUCCUCCUCUUUCUACGACGGGGCGGGACCUUGCGUCACCUCUGAGGCCCGCCCCUUACGUGACGUGCGUGCGCAGACCCCCUUUCCUCAGCGCGUGGCGCCCCCCGGCGGCGGCGCCCCUUCAAUGCGAGGGCCUGUCUCUUUAACACCGCCCAUGGAGCCGCAGGCAGAGGCGCGAACGCUCGGGGAGCCUGCGCCUCGGCCUUCAGGCGCCUCGGGGUCACCGACGCCGGACGAAGAGGAGCGGACUAAGGGCGGCGCUCCCUCCGAGGACGCUUUGGGGGACAGCACGAAUGCAGACGGGCUGUGGGGGUUGCCGGUGGAGCACGCGGAGCGCAGGCCUGAGUGCAGCCGCUGCAGCCGGCCCCAGAAAGUGUGCUUAUGUCCAUAUCUCCCAGUGCGUCCACUCCAGAUCUCUACCCGUUUGUACAUAAUUCAGCAUCCUGCAGAGGAAAGCAAAGUGUUGCGCACAGUCCCUCUGCUAGCAGCAUGCCUUCCCCCAGACAAAUGCACAGUCAAGAUCGGCCGCCGCUUCAGUGAAGAGCGAGAUGUUGAACUUUCAACUGUUUGCCGGGACUCUGGUACAUUAAUAUUAUAUCCAGGGGCUGAAGCUACUAAUUUGGAAGAAUUUAUAUUAGAUUCUCCUGUUUAUCCUUCCACAAUCAUCCUCAUUGAUGGUACAUGGAGCCAGGCUAAGGACAUUUUCUAUAAGAAUUCCUUGUUCCGACUUCCCAAACAGGUGCAGUUAAAAACUAGCGUUUGUAGUCAGUAUGUAAUUCGGAUGCAACCAACAAACAGGUGCCUUUCCACCCUGGAGUGUGCUGCUAUUGCUCUUUCCAUCUUGGAGAAAAACAGUUGCAUACAAGAGACUUUGCUUCGCCCUCUUCAAGCUCUGUGUUCUUUCCAGCUUCAGCAUGGUGCUCAGAUUCGCCUCAGCAAGGAAUAUCUUCUGAAGAAUGGAUUGUAUCCCAAGCCAAUACCAAAGAACAAACGCAAACUCAGGAAGAUGGAGCUGUUAAUGAACAGUGUCAAAAUUUAGCCCGCUUGUCCCUGUGGUGCUAGUUUACUUUCACUGGCUGACAAGGCUGUGUUACAUCUUCCCCAGUGUGGGCGUCUGCUCUGAAGAAGGGAUGUUGGCCUAUUCUUGUGCUGAAGGAUGAGGUCUGCUCCACAGCAUCCUAUGGUUCGCUUCCAUUGACUGUGAAAAGCAGUUUCACAUUGUCUCUAAUUUUCGUUUUGUUUUGUUUUUGUUUUUGUUUUAAGAUAAUGUUUCUCUGUGUAGCCUGUAGACCAGGCUGGCCUCAAACUCAGAGAUGUGGCUGCUUCUGCCUUUGAAGUUCUGGGAUGAAAAACAUGCACCACCUCUGUCCAGCUACUGUAUUUACUUUUAAACAUGUGCUUCCAAUACAUUUUUUUUAAAAAAAUUUAUCCACAAUACGAUUACUUGUUAGCCUAGAGUAAGGACCUAUUGUUUGUAAAAUGAAGAAAAUUGUGUCUGGGAACAUGUUCCCGUCAGUGUUUGUAGAUAUGUAG